GUGAGUUUGUUUUGUGGCCGUGCGUGGGCCUACUGCCAUGCCAAAUGCCAGGGCAAAGAGCGAACGGAGAAACCGACAAGGAGCGAAGUACAACGAAACAGACGGCGAACAAAGAGGUGGGCGUGUCCUUGACUAGAGCCCGCCCAUUCUCCGCCGCCCAGCCAAUCAGCCGCCGGAUAUGUAAAUGACCUCGCUGCACCGCAGCGUCCCUGCCCUGGCGGUGACGUCACCCGCACAUCUCUCUGUCUGGCUCUGCAAAGACUCAGACAGAAGCAACAGAGGACCUGAGGGAAAGCAAGCCGGGGAGGGGCCCUUUGUCAGGAAGGGAUAUUGUUACUAUUUCCACCGCCGGCUCUGGAAUAAACACGCUUUUUUGUUUUACUCAGUCUUUUCGUGCAGCAGCACAACAAGGGUUGGCCCGGUUCGGGACGUCCAGCUUCUAUUGGCGAGAAAACAAAGGGGGUGGAUGUUUUGUAGCUCCUUGGACUGUUUUUCUUUCCCCCCUCAGCCGCACUGAUUUAUUUGCACUGACCACUUGUCUUCGAAAACCGGGUCCGGUGCCUCUCCCUUCCUCCUCCCCUUUCCUUUCUUUCUUGCUUUCUUCCCCGGUCACUCCUUCUUUGCCCUCCUUCCUUUUGCCUUUACAUCCGAUCCCGCGACGUUAGGGAGCCGUGAAGAUGCCCAGCUCGCUCUUCGCCGACAACAGCGUCCAGGGAGACGCACUGGACGACCAGAGAGCCCUGCAGAUCGCCCUGGACCAGCUGUCCCUGCUCGGCUUGGACAACGACGAGAAUCCGCUGUACGACAACAACCAGGAACCCCGGAAAAAGAGCGUCAACAUGACCGAGUGCGUCCCGGUUCCCAGCUCCGAGCAUGUGGCUGAGAUUGUGGGCAGACAAGGUUGCAAGAUCAAAGCGUUGCGAGCAAAGACCAACACCUACAUUAAGACUCCGGUUCGAGGUGAGGAGCCUGUCUUUGUGGUGACGGGCAGGAGGGAGGAUGUAGCCAUGGCCAGGCGAGAGAUCAUCUCUGCUGCAGAGCAUUUCUCCAUGAUCCGGGCCUCCAGGAACAAAAACACCAGCCUCAACGGAAGUGGUACUCCCGUCCCUGGGCCACCUAACCUACCCGGACAGACCACCAUUCAGGUGCGCGUGCCAUACCGCGUGGUGGGUCUGGUUGUUGGCCCUAAGGGUGCAACCAUCAAGCGUAUCCAGCAGCAGACCCACACCUACAUUGUGACACCAAGCCGAGACAAGGAGCCCGUGUUUGAGGUGACAGGGAUGCCAGAGAAUGUAGACCGGGCACGUGAAGAGAUUGAAGCCCACAUCGCCAUGAGGACAGGAGGUCUUAUUGAGCUCCAGGAUGAAAACGACUUCCACGCCAAUGGGACUGAUGUUGGUUUUGAUCUGCAUGGGCAUGCCACCCUGUGGUCCAAGUCCAGUGCUGGAAUGACCCCCACCUCAGCCCGUAAGCCAUUCUCCAACUACCGCAACGACUCAUCAUCCUCCCUGGGCAGUGCAUCCACAGACUCUUACUUUGGUAAUAAUGGCUCACGCAUGGCCGACUACAGCCCCCCAAGCCCAGCACUCAGUUACACCACAAGCAACAACAAUGGCAACAACAAUAACAACAACAUUAAUACUAACACCAAUGGCAACGGGUUUGUUUACGGAAGUGAGGUAAUCUCACCUGACUGCACUGAUAUGUCUUUUGACACCUCGCCAGGGUUUGACCCUACACCAGCCCCGCCAGGCCUCCUGUGGUCCCAGUAUGAUAGUCGCAUGACCCCCUCCUCCACCGGAGGCAGCUCUCCAACCUCCACCUCAGCCAUGUUCCAGACCAACACCUCCACCAAUGCCAACGGUAUAGUGGUGAGUCAGAGAAGGGUUAACGGCUGCACCCCUCAACCAAGGCUGUCACCUCCCCUGCAGAACCACACCGGAGGACCCACUGAGCACCCAUUAGCCCGAAGAGUGCGUAGUGACCCGGGCGGAGGCCCACUCAGCUUCCCUGGUUACUCCAGCUCAAUCGCCUCUUUGCCAGGCCCCCAUCUCCCCGGAGUUCAGAGCGACUCCUCUGCCUCCUCUUCGUCGUCCUCCUCCUCCACAUCAUCAGGCACCAGCCGAAAAGGCAGCCGUGACUGUUCUGUGUGCUUUGAGAGUGAGGUCAUUGCGGCCCUGGUCCCCUGUGGGCACAACCUUUUCUGUAUGGAAUGUGCCAACCGUAUCUGCGAGAGGAGUGAGCCCAAAUGCCCUGUCUGCCACACCGGCGUCACUCAGGCUAUACGUAUAUUUUCAUAAAAAGACUAUCUCCGAAGGGAGACCAGCUAUGAUAGCAACAACAGACUCUUCAUACUGCUUUAAUGAGACCACAACAAUCAGCUGGAAAAUGUACAUAGAUAUACAUAUGUAUGUAAGAGGCUGCAGUAUCCAGAAGAAGGGACAGAUUCCCUUUGUGGGUUCCGUCGUAGUUGUUAAUAAUAUACUGUAGCUUACGGAAA